AGGAAAAUGUCAAUAACUGAUGAAUUUAAAUUUGCGUGGCCAUUUCCGAAAAAUCCAAAUUUAUUAAAUAAAUUUUUAACGAAUUUCGCACUUGCAUCCGCUUUCGUCUUCUCAAAACUCGUCUUCGCACCAGGUGUAAAUCGUAUAAAUGCGGUAAAUAAAGGAACAUUACUGGAUGCUAUAAAAGAUCGUACAAGGCCAUUACUCACUGUAGCAAAUCAUCGUUCUGUUUGUGACGAUCCACUUUUUUGGGCGAUUUUCUCAUUCCGGGAAUUUUUCUCGAACAUUUGCAAUUAUCGUUACAUAAUGGCUGCGCAUGAUAUUUGCUUCAAAACUCCCUUACACACAUGGAUGUUUUCACAUGGUCGUGGUGUACCAAUAAUUAGAGGAGCUGGCAUUUAUCAGAAAGGAGUUGAUUUCUGCAUUGAAAAAUUGAAUGAAAAUAGGUGGGUGCAUGUUUUCCCAGAAGGUCGGGUUACUUCAGAACCAAUAAGAAUCAAAUGGGGCAUAGCGAGAAUGGUGAUGGAAUGCGUUAAUCCACCAAGAAUACUACCAAUAUGGAUUCAUCGUAUGACUGAUGUUUGGCCUGCUUCAAAGCCUUAUUAUCCUCACUUUGGCAAGGUGCUUGCUUUACUUAUUUUAUUAAGUUAA